AGACACCUUGGCUCAGCUGCUGAGCACGUUGACAUCGCGACAUCGCGACAUCGCUGAAUCCCUGCCAUGGAUUCAGCCACGGCGGCGUCGGUGUACGGCAUGAGAUUCCCCGUCACCGCGCGCUCGGGGGAUGACCCGCGGCUCCUGGGAUGGAGGAUGGUUGAUGGCAAAAGCCAGGCGCUGCAGCAGCGACACCUGGCCGAACUGGAGGCCGAGGGCAGGAAGAUGAAGGAUCAACCGAAGGAGGACACGCCGGGAUCGGGGAUGCUGGCGGCCAUUGCGCACUUUGAUGCGUUGCAAGCAGCAAAGAAGCCUGCGGUAAUCAAGGCGGAGGUGGCGGAAUUUGAAGCGUCACCUGGGGCUGAAGUUGCCGAGGGCCCUCCUGAGCCAGUCGAGGCAGAGG